AUGUCGACUCCAUCGUCCGACGCGAUCCUCACCCAGAUCCUCACCCAGCUUCAGGCGCUCCAGGUGUCCCAGCAGACACUGCAGGCCAAGUUCGAUGCCUUGAGUAGCAAUGGCGUUGUAAGCCCACCUGCGUCCCCGGCUCGCAAUGGCACUCCAGCAUCAAGCGUCCGUCAAGCUGCCGAGUCCGUCCUGUCGUCUGAAGCCGCGACCGCGUCGCCCGCCAACCAACUCAUCUCGCCCUCCUCAUCUCCAACCGUGAGCAGCUCGAUACAGGAUAGGGACAGGGAGAGGGAGAAGCUGCUCUACCCGUCCCGAGUUCUCCUCACCACCUACCCCGACCAGCACGGCAUCAAGCCCUACCCCCUCCAAUGGGGCGCCGCGGACCCGGCCGUCCGCGGGCCCGUCAUCUGCUCACGCCUCCCCACCUCCAUCAAGCAGCGCAAUGCGAUCGGCGCGCACUCGGGCUCGUACUCCAUCUACCGCGCGCUCGCGAUCGCGAUGGGCACGCUCGACCCGUCGCACAAGCCUGACUACAGCAAGACGGAGCCCGCGGUGCCGAUCCCGCCGCAGCCGUCGUGGUCCGACCCGAGCAAGAUCGUCUCUUUCGACCCCUGGGGCCACCUCGUGCCGCAGGUGUACAAGCACGAGCUGGAGGAGCUCGGCCUGGACGUGCGCCCGAGCAUCGCGGUGACGAAGGCGCACAUGAAGCUGAGCGAGAUCGACGAGGCGGCGCGGAAGGGCGACUUGACGAUCGACGGCAAGAUAUUGCUCAAGAGCCACCCGCUCAUCAAUGCGGACGGCACGCAGAGCACCGCGGACCCAGGUGUGGAGAUCAGCAUCAGCAAGGCUGCGGUCGAGCCGGUUUGGUACUUGCCUGGGAUUGCAGAGCGGUUCGGCAUCUCGGAAGGCUUGCUCCGCCGUGCGCUCUUCGAGGACACCGGAGGAAUGUACCCAGAGCUUGUCACCCGGCCCGACAUCAAGGUCUUCCUCCCGCCAAUCGGCAACCUGACCGCAUACAUCUUCGGGAACCCCGCGUACUUGUCGGACGAAUCGAAGGAGCUAACCCUGCGUGUCCACGACGAAUGUAACGGUUCUGACGUGUUCGGCUCCGACAUCUGCACAUGCAAGCCGUACCUGACCUAUGCCAUCGAGGAGUGCAUCCGCGGCGCCCAGCGCGGCGGCGUCGGCCUCGUCGUAUAUUUCCGCAAAGAAGGCCGUGCCCUCGGCGAGGUCACCAAGUACCUCGUGUAUAACCUCCGGAAACGCGGGGGUGACUCGGCAGAUAAGUACUUCAAGGCGACCGAGCUCAUCGCGGGCGUGAAGGACAUGCGGUUCCAGGCGCUCAUGCCGGACGUGCUGCACUGGCUCGGUAUCAAGAAGAUCGACAACAUGGUGUCGAUGAGCGAUAUGAAAUACAACGCUAUCGUGCAAUCCGGCAUCCCGAUCUUGAAGCGCUACGAUAUCCCUGAACACCUGCUCCCGCCCGACUCGCGUGUCGAGAUAGAUGCGAAGAUCGCCGCUGGGUACUUCUCAAGCAACAAGAAGAUCACAGAGGCAGAUUUGGUCAAGACGGUGGGUAGGACUUGGGAGGAGACCGAGCACUAG